GGAAAUCCUGUUUUGUAUAUUUCAAACUGAAACCAAAAAGAAUUGGCUUUUGCGUUUUUCUUCUUAAUGCCUUCUGCAGCUUCUCUUGCUCUUCUUUGCUCCUGUUCAGCUUCUUCAUGAAAAGGGUCCCACAGUAUGAAAGAUUGGACAGUUCUGAAAUUUGGAACCAAAGAACAAGUACUAUCUCUGAGGAUCAUAUACUAUCUCUGAGGUGUGUGGAUUGCAUAGCACUAAAAUUACUAACAGAAAUAGACAGUACAAAAAAUUAUAAUAACAUGAAUAUGAAUAAUAAUGUACUUUAUGUGGUUUGUAAAGUUGAAUAAGUGAAAUGGUGGAGCUGAAGUCACUCAACAAGUAACAAUUGUAUUAUCUCACAGUCGCUUAGGGAGCAAAGGCUGUACUCAACAUACAAGCACCAUGUGCAAGCAUAUGUGAGACAGGGAAGCGCAUCGGUUGCUGAUCAUCUUAGGGACACUGAUGGUAUAAUAAUACCGUUCUUUACUUAUAAGAAGAACUGAUCACUUGAAUCUUGUUUGAGUUACUUGAUAUUUAAUUUAUUCACUAUAGUGCUCAUUACAAGAGAAAGAGUAACUUGCGUGAUUGUUGUUUAAGUGUUUCCAUGAAUUCACAAAAAAUUUAAUAUCAUCCUUUAAAGAAUUAAUAUAAUACAGUAGUAUGUGUUAGUUAGUUGUGUUGGAAGCUCAGUUAAAUAAUUCUGUUGUUGUAUUUGUUUACAUUUUAUUUAACUGUUGUUUUUUAGAAGUAGUGAUUUAACUGUUAUUUAUCAGGAGUAGUGAUGUACCCUUUUUCUGGUUUUUCAUUUAAGGGUAUCGACCUCUCUCUCACUUAGUUAAAUCCACUUUGAACGAUUAUUGUGUAACCUGCUAAGCUGUCAGACACAAGAAUUAAAAGUGAUUCCAGAGUUGAUCCCCAUGUUCCCUGUAGUUGGCUAUGGCUUUUUUCGAGUUUGAAGCGGAGGGCUGAUGUGCAAAUUCUCAGAUAACUCGACAUGGUAGGUUUCUCAUCUACCAGGUUCAAUUAGCAGCUAAUGCCACAACCCCAGGCACUGAAUCCAGUGCCGGUCAUGCCCAGGUCAAUAUGGAAGGGUUGCAUAGGGAAGGGCAUCCGGCCUAAACCUGUGCCCAAUUGUUGUGCGGAUCUGUUGGUCUGCUGUGGCGACCUCUCAACAGGAGCAGCUGUAAAACUAACAUGUGCAACACUUUAUAAGAAGAGCACUCCAAACUCUUGCUAAGUGACUACUUUGGUACCACUGAUUAAUUAAUAAGGCUUGGAUUACAUUGACUCAACCUUGAACCACAUUAAGCUUUUUCUAAAUCCUCUACUGUGUGUCCAACUCAUCAUAUCUGGGAAACCAAAACAGCAAUCAUAAGCAAUCAGAUGCAUGUCAAACUUAACUGAAAAACAAAUAAACAAAAUACUCUAAAUAGAGAUUUAACCUAUACAAGGACAAAACAUUCCUGACUCCAAGGAAAUAUUUUAUGGCAAAACAAAUUUAAAGUUAACUCAUUUUUCUGCUAAAGAAUGUAAAAAAAAAAGAAAAGCUAUUUAAUUUGGCAUUUACUAGAAAAGAAGCGUUUUCUUGAACAGGCUAUCUAUAAUCUAGGUCGACACAAAAGGCCUGGGCUGACCAGACAGAGCUCACAAACAUUCUGCCCCUAAGGCUUAGAACAUCCGCAAGAUCAGGAAGCCAACCUCAUAUUUUAACACCACUGGACUUGCCUGGGGGCUAUUGUUUAGGCUAAAAUAAACAUUAUAGACAGAAGCAGGAAGAGUGCAUGCAAGGCAAAGAUACAUGUGGGAAGAAAAUAUAAAAACAUGAAAGAAACACAAAAGAAAAAUAAAGAAAGAAAGAAAAAACAAAUGUACAGGAAAAAUAGAAACUGAGAGUGAGUGGCGCCAGAAUCAGUCUAAUGGGAAGUACAUUAUAGAAGAGAGGGGAGGAGAAUUAGAGAGAGGAGGGGAGGUCAUGCGUAGUUGCUAGGCAAGCUCAGCCUUAAAUCGCUGAUUCUCUCUCUGGUGAGCUCUCUCCCUCUCUCUCUCUCUCUCUCAUUGUAUCACAUGGGGAAUGUAGCUGAGCAGCCAAGCAGCCAGUCACACAGAGAAGAGAGGAUAGCACACUGAUUACACAGUGGCAGAAGCAAAGGCUUCAAUAACACCAGGAUCUACAUGCAAUGUGCCUUACCGGCUCUUACUGCACAUAUCAGCUAACGUAAUGGCACUACAGCAGGCAUGACUCUCCUCUGCCUCGGGCAGCACGUAGUUAGCUAAGGUCACAGUGGAGUUAACUUUUCUGGACGUCAGUUAUUUAAUGGUUAACCUUAUUUAAUGAUAGGGCUGGACUCUGCUGCAGCUAAAAGCUUAGUCUGCUUGAUGCUGGAUUAUGAUCAAUCUUGAGAGUGCCAAGUGGAGUUUUCUUUUAUGCCUUGGAGUCAGCAUCUUGAUCUGCUUAGUAAUUUAUCUUAAGGGCAAGCCAUCUUAUACUCCAAGGCCACUGCAUCACACCUUAAACUGUCGUCCACUCUCUGAAAACUGUAAAAUUUUGCCACCCACCACCUCUUACACAAAAUGGGAAAGAACAGAAUGUCUGGAGCUGAGCUAUUUUACCAAACCACUCAACUGCUCUCGUAUACAAUCAGAUCUUCACUUUAUUAUGGAGAGCCUGAGUAAGGAAGAGGAGGACUACCCUCUGGCCUUCAUCAUCACUAUCCACAAAGACCUGGAGAUGUUCGUGCGUCUGCUGAGAGCCAUCUAUGCGCCACACAACAUCUACUGCAUUCACAUAGAUGCCAAAGCUCCACAGGACUACAGAGAAAAUGUUAAGAGAUUGACAGAGUGCUUCUCCAAUGUCUUUCUAGCCUCAGUUAGUGAGACUGUGACCUAUGCUGGUUUUUCCCGUCUUAAGGCUGAUAUUAAUUGCAUGGAAGACCUGAUGAGCUCUACAGUCAAAUGGCAGAAGGUGAUAAACCUGUGUGGCCAGGAUUUCCCUGUUCAGAGCAACCUGGAGCUGGUCCGGUAUAUGCAAGACGCAGAAUGGAGAGACAAUAAUAUGACUCCAGGGGUUAAACAACCAGAAAACAUGCGACACAGAACUAAAAAAAAAUACAUCGAAGUUAAAGGUGCCUAUGUGGCCUCCAUGGGUCGCAAUCACAAAAAGGCCCCCCCGCCACAUGAUCUGGAGAUUUACUUUGGUACAGCCUACUACAGUCUACAAAGAGCAUUUGUGGAAUAUGUGCUUACCAGUCCAGUGGCUAAAGACCUGUUGGAGUGGUCUAAGGAUACCUACAGCCCCGAUGAGCAUUACUGGGUAACCCUUAACCAUGUAAAAGAUGCCCCUGGCAGUAAGGUAGAUGCUGGUUGGGAGGGUAACAUUCGAGCCAUCAAAUGGAGAGACCAAGAAGGAACAGCACAUAAUGGCUGCAAUGGAACUUAUAUCAGGAAUAUCUGCAUCUACAAUAUGGAGGAUUUACCCUGGAUAGUUGAGAAAAACAGCAUGUUUGCUAACAAGUUUGAAAGUGCUAGUUUCCCUGAAGCUCUGGACUGCCUGGAACAGUGGCACAGACACAAAGUCCUACUGCAGGCAACAGUGCCCAUUCAGUUAUCAUGGCAACUUGCAACAGAGGUCAAUAUAAGCAGUUCCACAGUAGCAGGCUAAAUGUGAAACCAAAGAGUUUAAAAAUAUUUAUUUAUUUACUUAUUUAUUUCAACUAAUUUUUUUAAUGUAUAUUUGGAUGUACAGUAUGUAUGUAUGUACGUAUGUAUGUAUGUAUGUAUGUAUGUGUUACCUAUAAUGUGUGGGGAAAAAAACUACAAAUUGCCAUAUAUUAUAGAGGACACUACAGAGUUAGAUCACAUAUAUAAGAAUCAAAGAAAAUAUUCUUUUAUAACAUCAGCUAUUGAGCAGAUGUUUCAGGAGCUUAUAGACAUUUCAAAUGUUUGACCAAUGAAUAAUGUAUUUCCCCCAUGUGUUGAGUGCUGCAUGCUACACCUCUUAGCAUGCAUAGCAGCUUACAGUGCAAUUGUACCAAUUUCAAUGUUGUCCAGUGUUUGUUCACAUUGCCAUGAGCUUUUUUGUUAAGCUUCAUGUCUUGUCCUCUCUUUCCACUUUCUUCAGGGUUUUUUUUUUUUUGGCAACAUACAGUAUACAUGCUCUGUGUGAUUCUUCCCAGUUAUUACAAAGCAUUCUAUUGUUGAUUGUUUAUCCAAGUUUGGUCCUGUUUUUGAUUUCCUUAUCUUGCUCUUGCCUGACUGGUCAGUCUAGUCAGUUGUUUGUUAACCACUUGACACCUGCCUGCACCUUCAACUAAACCCUGUCUUCCAGAUGUAAUCCUAUUAUAUGCCGCCCAUGUCAUGCUCCUGCUGGAGGGUGACAUGCCAGAUGUAGCCAUGCUCACAACUUAUCCACAACUAACAGGGGCCAGGGGUAGCUCAGUGACUAAGGCAUUGGACUACGGUUCGGAAGAUCCCACAACCACCAAUCUGCCACUGUUGGGCCCUUGAGCAAGGCCCUUAACCAUCAACUGCUCAAAUGUAUAAUGAGAAAAAAAUGUAAGUCGCUCUGGAAAAGAGUGUCUGCGAAAUGCCUAAAUGUAAUGCCGAUAAGGCAGCCUCCUUAGCCAAAUUUAUGUCACAUCUUGCUAAGGCCUGAUGCAUACAGGACGGCCUCCCUCACCAAGCUUAAAUUGGGGGACAACAGGAUAGGCUUCCAAGUCUUCAAGACAGGGACAUCCAAGGUUGGCUUUCAAACUACAACCAGACUCUAUUGAUAAGGAUGUGAUUACUUUGCCACCAGACUGGGGGAUUUGUAGAAUGCAUUUUCAUAAACACCAGAAUUUGUGGAGUGUGGGCACAACCCUUUUAUGUUUUAAAAGGCACUUUGGGAGCUGCACCUGUGUAUGUGUGUGUGUGUGUGUGUGUGUGUGUGUGUUUGGGUGAGGAGUGGGGUAUGUCAUGUAUUUCCCUUGCAUCGACCAUGGUGUGGCUCUCAGUGCGCACAUCCAAUUCCCACGUUGUUCUCUGUUUGUUUAUGUUGUCAUGUGCUUUUUGUUUGGUUCAUUGGUUGUCUCCCUAGUGUGUCAUGAAUACUUUCACCUAUCUUCAGUUUGAGCCCUAAAUAGUCUUUGUAUAUAAGUCUUUAUGUUUCUUUGUUUAUGGUAAAAUAUAUACUUUGUGUGAUUCUUAUCAGUCAUUUCCAAGCCUUCUAUUGUUUAUGGGUUUGGUCCUUUUAGGUUUUAAUCCUGUUUUUAGUUUCCUCAUAUUGCUCUUGCCUGCCCCAGUGAAAUAAUUUGUGUGUUGAGGGGCCUUUAUCAGUUUUGCUUAGCUUAAGGGCAAAAAAAUAUAUAUUGCAGUGAUUGGUGCUGUACGGAAAUUUACGGAGACUAUUUUGUUAUGCUUACAACACUAUGAUAUAAUAAAGUCUUAGAAAGCAUGCUAUUGUAAAUUUGUGUAAAAGUUGUUUGAACCUUACAUACUAUAUCUGACAUUUACCUUCUAUAAACAUAAAAAAACACUGUGCUAAAUAUUUGGGUGGGGUUUUCCUCCCCCUGUUUUCAUGUUUUCAAAAACACAACACACUGCUCGAUAAUCAAGUCAUCUGUGUGAUUAAUAUAUGCAUGGCUGUAAUCAGUAAAAAAAAAAAUAUAUAUAUAUAUAGAGAGAGAUUUUAGAACAUUUUGUAAAAUAAAUUUGAAAAUGUCUGUCUUUAAUAUCAUUUCUUAUUGUAACCACAUUGAGUUAAUUAUUACUACAAUUGUUUUAUUAUUAUUCUCGUGUCCUGGGUGGUAAAAGACCCCGAAUGGCGUCAUUAGAAUUUUCCUGCCAUUCUUGGCCUUAGUGGUUACAUAUUGUUAACUGUUUAUCUGGUUUUGACCCUGUUUCUGAUUUCCUCAUUUUGUUUUUGCCAAGCCCCAGAUGAAUGUUGACCGCCUUACCCCUACCUAUAUCCUGACCUUGAUUAACCUUGAGUCUUUAUAUUGUUUGUUAAGAUGAAUGAAAUCCAGUCUACUGGCACUUAUGAAUUGCACAUUCAUAGCUACAUAAAUGACAAACCCAUAUCAGGAGCAGCAACACAUAAGGGGCUCUGAGUAUAACCAAAAAGAACACUUUGUUUGCUGCCAUCCGAACAGUUCUCAUUUCUGAUUUGACAAUUUUACAGUGUGGGAAGUUUUGACUCCCAGUGCCUGAUCAAUCUAAAUUGAAGGUCCAGAAACCCUUUCAGCCACAGCAACAGUUGACAGGCUUUUUGAAGUCAACGCAAAAGUCUUUUUUUAUGUAGACAAUUUGAAUAUACAGAACUAUAAGAAAUUAAGUUAUUAUGAAAAUUGAUGCACUUCUUAACUUCCUAUCACUACACUGUGUUCAAAAUGGGAAGACAAUUUUACAUUAACUGCAAUUACUGUUGCACUCGUUACUGUACUGCAAUUGUACACUAUUCUGUUGGGCUUAUGGCAUUAUUAUAAUAUACAUUUUGAGUAUAAUAUUGCGUGCUAUUUUUUAUAAUUUUGUGUUAAUACAUUAUAUACUUGACUUGUCUUCUAUAAAAACAGUUUUUUUCCCCAUGUUUUUUUUUUUAAAUAAGUAUGAAUUUAACUGCUAAU